AUGGCCCUGCUCCACUAUACCUUCGAUCAACUCGUGCUGUACCUAAAAUGGGCUGAGACCCAGUAUGGAGAGGCCACCCCGAGCCCGGCGGUCCAGCCGUAUCCUGGCGUAUUCGUCGGGGAUCUCAGCCAGCUGAAUCGCUUCAAGCAGCACGCCUUUACCGCCGUGGUGGGCAUCCUGUUUUGCCUGGCCUUCUCCGGGAACCUGAGCACCCUCUAUGUGAACACCCGCCGCAAGCUGCGUCCCUUCUUUAGAGCCUGCCUCAUAUCACUGGCCUGCAGUGAUCUCGUCUCCAGCAUCUUCUGCUCCGUGUCCUAUAUGGCCCAGUUCCAGGCGGAGUAUCUGCAGCUAUGGACCAUUGGCGGCUUUAUGUGCAACUUCGUGCCGUUCAUAACCACCACCUCGGUGCUGUCCGGCAGUUUGACCCUGGUGGCUAUUGCACUGGACCGCUACUUGGCGGUGAUGCGACCCGUGCUGGGGUUCUGGAAUCCCGACAUACGCUUUAGCUGCCUGUGCAUGCUGCUCAUUUGGGCCUGUUCCAUAGGAGCCUCUGGACCUCUUCUGGGGAUCUACGAAUACAAGCGAAUCUACCUCCUGCGGAUGGAUGAUGACUCAUCCGAUGAAAGCGGAGGAGUGCCGACAGUAGUUCCCGAGGAACUGGUGGUCACCGAGCUGGAAAUGGUCCACAUGUGCCUGGCCGGCGACCACGACAUCGGACUCUACUACGUCAUACUGUUCACCCUGAUUUUCCUGCCCUGCAUAGUGUCCUUCGUGUGGUUGAAUGCGGUGAUUGCGAGGCAACUGUGGCUAAGGAGGCACUACCACCAGGAGCAGCAGGUGCAGCAGCAGGAGCCCAAGGAGGGUCAGUUCAAGUCGAUGGGUGGCGAUCUCCUGAUGCCCACCACUUUGGUCAGUGCCGUGGGAGUGGCCCUGCCCUUUGCUCUGGAGAAGGCCUCGCUGCCGCCACAAAUUUCUGCCAAGGAUCCCGCGAAGAAGACCACAGCUGCUGCCUUGGCUAGGGAGGCCAGACACCGCCGAAUGGUGGUGGUGGUGCUCCUGAUGAUGGCGGUCUUCAUAUGCCUUCGAUUGCCCGCCUGGGUUUUCCUGAUCAUGCGACUGUUUGGUACCUAUUCGGAACCCAUCGACUGGCUGCUGUACUUCAGUUUUGGCAUACUAAACCUGUUUAGUUGUGCCCUAAAUCCCAUUUUCUACACCUUUCUCACCCAAACAAUCAAAACUGUAUCGCUGGUCAAACAGAAGAUACUGGGGUUCUUUGGCUGCAGUCCUGGUAAGGCUCAGGAUGCCAUGCCCACGGAUCAGAUGGAUAGAAGGAGCUGCUGCUGCGGCUUGCGACCGCCCACUUUCACUUGGAGGUGCCAUCCCACCCGGGAUAUGGCAGCCACCCCGGUUAUCCGGGAUGUCGAGCAACCGGAUGAAGUUUCUGGAGAAGUGCAGCCGGAUCCCAGUAGCCUGCGGCGGUUCCUCAGCCUAAAGAGGGAAGUGUUCACCAUUUACAAGCAGUGCGAUGACUCGUCGAGUGCGUCAAUCGAGUCCUCCGCCUGAUAGGCGGCGGUCAUAAAUCACCCGAGUGCAUUUGUCGGAUACGGGGGCCAACGGUUAGCAGAACUUGAUUGAUGGAUCCAGCCCCCACCUAUUCAGCCUGUUCAGCCGAAAAAACGAUUGGUCACGGUGGGUAGUAUAUCAC